AGCGCGCGCGUCUCAUUCUACCUGCUGAACUCGCGCUGCUCACAGCAUGGCUAAAUCUCAGUCGAGACGCUGCUGCUUCUGCAUACUCGCUUUAGUGUGCCUUGUUGUAAUUAUCUGCCUUUGCAUCAUUUUAACCACCAAACCGAGAUGCGCGUUCACGCACGGCGCUGUUUCCGCGGACUCUGCCAGGUGCUCCAACAUCGGCAGGGACAUAUUGCUUGAGGGGGGCUCAGCGGUGGACGCAGCCAUCGCAGCUCUGCUCUGCACUAGUUUGGUCAACCCACAGAGCAUGGGCUUGGGUGGAGGUGCCAUCUUUACCGUUAUGGACAAAACUGGCAAAGUGAAAAUCAUCAGCUCAAGAGAAACAGUCCCAAAAGAUGUCCAAGCAGAUCUGCUGAAUAGGUGUCCGAAAACCACUCCAUUAGCUCCAGGAAGUCACUGGAUAGGUGUACCAGGAGAACUCCGUGGCUACGAAAGGGCUCAUCAGUUGUAUGGAAAGCUGCCCUGGGCCAAACUAUUUGAGCCCUCUAUCAAGCUGGCCCGAGAGGGCUUUCCCAUGCCAUCCUACCUCGCUUAUUUCUUGCAGAACAAAUUAAUCAAAAUGCUGAUUAAUGGCACUGAACUCAGUGAACUGUUUUACACAAACAUGACAGCUCAUCAACCAAGGGACACCCUCAAGUUCCCUCAGCUGGCAGAAACCAUGGAAACUAUCGCCACAGAAGGGGCCGAUGCCUUUUACACUGGAAAAAUCGCCAAGGACUUAAUCCAGGAUGUACAACAUAGAAAUGGAGUGUUAUCGUUAGAAGAUCUGAGCACUUGUCGGGUCAGAGUCAGUGACGCGUGGUCAGUUCAACUUGGGCAAUACAAGAUGCACUUCCCUCCUCCACCGGCAGGGGGAGCGAUACUCAGCUUUAUCCUCAAACUAAUGCAUGGGUUUGGGCUUUCUCCAGCCUCCAACCAAGGAGACCAGAAAACCCUGACUUUGCAUCGGUUCCUUGAGGCGGUUAAGUUUGCCAAUGGACAAAAGCACAACUUCAAAGACCCCAAGUUUGACUCUACAGAUAUGGAGUACAUCAAAAAUGAGAAGUUCAUUAAGCAUAUCAAGGCUUUGAUCACUGACGGCUCCACACACAACGCCUCUUACUACAACAUCACACCGUCAGUCGACAGCUUUGGCACCACGCAUGUUUCAGUGAUGGCAGCAGAUGGCAGUGCAGUGUCAGUCACCAGCACCAUCAACCACAUGUUUGGGUCAACUGUUUACUCUCCUAAAACUGGUAUCAUCCUCAACAACGAGCUAGUUGACUUCUGCGGCCGAGCAGUUUCUGUCACACCAGGCGAGCAGCCUCCCUCCUCCAUGGCUCCUACCAUCCUGCAGUCCCAGGAGAAGACUCUGGUGAUUGGUGGAUCAGGAGGAAGUUACAUCACCACAGCUAUGGCCCUUUCUAUUAUGAACCACUUGUGGUUUGGGAUGAACCUUAACAAAUCUAUCACUGAAAAAAUAGUAUUUGUGAGCUCCAGCAACAAUGUCCUUUUUGAGAAUGGAUACAUCAAAUCAGCUAUCGAGGCAAUGAAAGCAAUAGGACACAAUGUGACGGAAAAAAACAUUUACCCAUUUUUUAAUGUGGUCAACGGUAUCUCGAAAGAAGGCCAGUGCAUCAGUGCCGUAUCUGACGCCAGGAAGCACGGCGAGACAGCGGGAUACUGACCCUGUGUCUGUUUGUGCUGUCAGCUGUUAGAGAUUGGUGUGGUGAUUCAUCAGGCCCAGGAGGAAGUGAGGGUGGAAACAAAGGGUCAGCACUCCCUUUCAGCGACACCUGUAGACACCAUAAAUUCAAACACAGGGUGAUUUGCGCAAUGGUGUGCAUUUAUCAGUCAAUUUCCAUUUUUGGACUCUUACAAACAAGAGUUACAGAAAGAUUUGAGUACAUGUAAAUAUGUUUUUUGUGUCAGGGAGACC